CUAAAAGCAAUCCACAAAAAAGUGGCCUUCGAUGUGUCCCAAGUAAAAAAAUAAAUAAACUGUUGAGGAAGUAAAGGAAAAGAGUAGCUGCGCGCACUCCUCAGCUGUCUGCAAUGAAAAACGGAGCAACGCGGAGAGCAGAGGCACAAAACUCCGGGGCGACCUCCACACGGUCUGACGUACCCGAAGCUGCUCGUAUAAAUGAAUUCACGGCGUCACCAAGCUCAGAUGAUUCGCAGUACCAGUGAGCGCACCCGGCUGUCAACACUCACAACCCCCUACACACACACACACACUCUCUCACACACACAAGUCUGCGUCAUGCGUCCUGAGAGCGACGGCACGAACGCGGUAACUCCGAUGGAUGCCGGUGAAACGCACAGCGGCAGCAGCAGCAGCAGUCUGAGGGGCUGACUGUGUCCUGCUUAUUCGGAAAAGUUGCGCUCCGAGUGCAGUCACAUUAUGGAUUUUAUUGCCACGAGCAGCAACGACAGCAACGCCACCAGCGGUUACCCUGGCGGGACGGAGGUGGUGGCCGACUGGGGCGCGGGUGAGAAUGCCACGGGGUCUCGGUCCCUGCCAGAGGUGGAGCUCAGUUACCAGAUUAUCACUUCCCUGCUCCUGGGGGCCCUCAUCCUCUGCUCCAUAUUUGGCAACGCGUGCGUCGUGGCUGCCAUCGCCCUGGAGAGAUCUCUCCAGAAUGUGGCCAACUACCUGAUUGGAUCCCUGGCCGUCACAGACCUCAUGGUAUCGGUACUGGUUUUACCAAUGGCGGCCCUCUACCAAGUUUUGAACAAGUGGACACUGGGACAGGAGAUCUGUGAUGUGUUCAUCUCUCUGGAUGUACUUUGUUGCACUUCAUCCAUCCUGCAUCUGUGCGCAAUAGCCUUGGACAGGUACUGGGCAAUAACGGACCCCAUAGACUAUGUCAAUAAGCGGACACCGAGGCGAGCAGCAAUCCUGAUAAGCGUAACUUGGCUAAUUGGUUUCUCCAUCUCUAUUCCGCCCAUGUUAGGCUGGAGAAGCGCCGAAGACAGAGCGAACCCCGACGCCUGCAUGAUCAGCCAGGACCCGGGCUACACCAUCUACUCCACAUUCGGAGCUUUUUACAUCCCUCUCAUCCUCAUGCUGGUCCUGUACGGGAGAAUAUUCAAAGCGGCUCGGUUUCGGAUUCGAAAGACGGUGAAAAAGCCCGAGAAAGCAAAAGUGUCCGACAAGUGUCUGAGUGUGUCUCCGGCCAUCUUCCACAAGAAAACAAACGGCGAGGCCGGGGUCAAAGGCUGGAGGCGCAGCGACGACUCGAAACCCAGCUCUCCGUGCGUAAACGGCGCGGUGAAGCACGGGGAGGAAGGGGAGUCACUGGAGAUCAUAGAAGUCAGCAGCAACUCAAAGACACACCUGCCCCUGCCCAACACUCCUCAGUCCUCCUCGCAGGGUUAUGAAAACAUGAAUGAGAAGAACUCGGGUGCGAAGAGGAAGAUCGCGCUCGCCAGGGAGCGCAAAACGGUGAAAACACUCGGGAUCAUCAUGGGAACUUUUAUUUUCUGCUGGCUGCCGUUUUUCAUCGUCGCGCUGGUGCUUCCUUUCUGUGCAGAGAGCUGCUACAUGCCCGACUGGCUGGGCGCUGUCAUAAACUGGCUGGGCUACUCCAACUCCCUCCUCAACCCCAUCAUAUAUGCCUACUUUAACAAAGACUUCCAAAGUGCUUUCAAGAAGAUUAUAAGAUGCAAAUUCCACAGAGCCUGAACAAACGUAAAGGGGGGAAAUGUGGAAUGAUUAUUAAACGGACAGCAGGAAAUGUUCACUGACUGUUUUGAACAGCAAAAAAUUAUGGCCCAGACUUUUAUUCAGGGACUGUCUCUUUUCGGGUUGUGUUCAAGGACCGUGUG